GUGGACAGAUCAGUUUUGCCCCUUCCGUCCGUAAGGCAGGUCAAAAGGGGGAUAGAAAGAGUGUUGUCAAAUUGUGUGUUUGUACCGGCAUAAAUUUCAAACGUUUGUGUUCACGUCGAAAGAAUGAACUUAUAGAAUUAGUAAUAGAACCUAUUACAAAAGGGUGAAUCGUAUUUAGGGGUUGGGGUGGGCAUAGAAAAAGAUAGAACGAGAAGGAACAAAAGCAUAGGGUGAAAGAACGGAUGAUAUAUAUUUGAAGAGAAGAACAAAUAAGAAUUAAGGAAGGACGAGUCUUUCGAGGCACCAUCAAAAUGGGUACAACGAAUGCGUAUAAAGAUUUGGAGCGUAUCAAUGAUGAUACUAAUCUUAACGGUACUUCGAUCGAGGCCUUCUUUGCUAACUCAGUGAUAUUCGUAACCGGAGCAACCGGUUUUCUUGGAAAAGCUCUCUUGGAAAAACUUUUGCGAUCGUGUCCUCGUUUAAGUACGAUCUAUAUACUGAUCCGUCCAAAAAAGGGUCAAACUUUUACAGAAAGAUUUCAAACGCUCGUUGAUAAUUCGAUUUUCGAUAAAAUUCGUUGUGAACAUCCUGGUGUGAUAAACAAAGUUUAUCCAAUACAAGGAGACGCGAGUGAACCUGAUUUGGGUUUGAGCAUAAAUGAUAGAAUGACACUAACUCAAAAUGUAAACAUAGUUUUCCAUUGUGCUGCCACUGUACGUUUUAAUGAGCCCCUAAAAGUAGCAGUUAUGUUGAACAUAAGAGCGACCGAUCGAGUAUUGGAUCUAUGCAAAUCCAUGAGCCAUCUUAAAAGUCUUGUUCAUGUCAGUACUGCUUACAGUAAUGCCGAUAAACGCGAAGUAAAGGAACUCGUUUAUAAAACCGAAAUAACGGCGCAAGUCAUCAUGGAUAUGUGCGAGAUUCUUGAUGAUGAAACGUUAAAUGUAUUAGAAAAAAAAUUACUUGAAAAACAUCCAAAUACGUAUACACUCACAAAGGGUAUUGCAGAAGAACUUGUGUCGAAGAAAGGAAUUGGUUUGCCGAUCAUCAUAGUUAGACCUAGUAUAAUUUGUGCAGCUUAUCAGGAACCACUUCCAGGAUGGAUAGAUAAUUUAUAUGGUAUUACAGGUAUUAUUACUGAAAUCGGUAGAGGUACCAUUAGAAGUAUAUACGGCGAUAGAAAGUUAAAAAUCGAUAUUGUACCGGUUGAUUACGUUGUUGAUACAUUGAUAUGUGCGGCAUGGCAUAGUACAAUACAUCGUGACGGUUCAAUACAAGUUUAUAAUUGUGCAAGUAGCACCAUCAAUCCUAUCAGUUGGGGCGAAUUCGCUAAACAUAUAAGAAAACAUGUUAUAGAAUCACCAUCGAAAUAUGUUAUGUGGUAUCCUAAUGUCGGAAUUACAACCAAUAGAUUAGUUCAUAAAAUUAUAGUCGUUAUAUUACACUUUUUACCUGCGUUCUUAGUGGAUUUAUUAUUAAUGUGUCAGGGUAGUAAACCUACCAUGUUGGAUAUGUCGAAACGUAUCGAUCGUGCCGCAAAAGUCGGUGCGUUCUUCGCCUUACACGAAUGGGAUUUUGGUUUAGAUAAUAUGAUGGAUUUAAUAAAACAUGUAAAAACUAUGAAUGACUGUAGCCGAUUUCGUGUAGACUUCAAGGAUAUAGAUUGGGAUGCGUAUACGCGUCAAUAUACAUUAGGUAUUAGACAAUAUAUUUUAAAGGAUCAUCCCGAUUCUUUGACCAAAGCACGAAGUCGAUUAUCCAAGCUAUACUGGUUACGUAAAAUGAUUCAGGUCUUGAGCAUCUUAGUUUUGUACAAAUUAUUAAAAUAUGUUAGUUAGUGAUAUUUAAAAGAUUUUCAAUGUUCGUCUUCUUUAAAUGAAAGAUUGAUCAAAUGUUAUAAGAAAACUGUCGUGGCCAACAAAAUCAUUAUUCCUUUUUCUAUAGAUAGUAAAUCAGUGAUUUCUUAUUAUAACUUCUUUUUUUAAUGAUAAACAUACUAUUUUACUUACUAAUCAUAAGCAUUAUGGAUUGUAUUGCAAUAUUUGACAAAAAAAAAAAAAAAAAAAAAGAUUGAAUAAGGAGACUACUGGGAAUAUAAAUAAAUU